AUGAGGGGGGUCACUGGGGCUAAUUGCGACAGGUGUAUGGAAGGUUAUUGGGGUCUCCAUCUGACUGAAUUUGACGGUUGCAAACGUUGCGAAUGUGACAUCUACGGUUCCUUAAGAUCAGACUGCGACCAGAACUCCGGAAAAUGCGUUUGCAAACCAGGAGUCAUCGGAGCAAAAUGCGAUUUGUGCAAGUCGUCUAGAAAUGCACCAGGACCUGAUCUAUGUGAAGAUAAUGCAAGUUAUGGAAAUGGUGGACAAUUGCCAAGGGAUGAACCUCAACAGACAAAAUCCGUGAGGCAUCUUAUGAAGGUUCCUGGUACGCAUUCUGGAAGGCCCAUAUAUAACACAGUCCCAUACACCCAUGUUCAGAACCACCAACCCAAAACAGUACACAUGAUACCAGCGCCUCUACUGGGUGAUCUGUGCGAAAUGGACAGUCAUUGUGGAGCCCCGGGCUCUGUUUGUCGUGGGGGCGCCUGUAUAUGUGAACCAUCUGAAUCAGAAAACGACAGUACAUCUUCCAAGGAGGAAAAUUCAUCCAAAGGUGUUAAAGAAAGAUUAGUGCCAAGUGCUGAUAGAACUGCUUGCGUUCCAAUAAAUUCCAAAUCCUCCCCAAAACCCAUACAAAAUCUACCAGCCACUCCAGGAGUUUGGUUCAACGGUCGUUCCUCCUUGGCAAUCUUACGGCCUCCUGCCUCAAUCCUGGACCUGGCCAGGUACACGGUUUCCCUGCACGUUGAGCUAAAAGCGACUCACCAGGAUGGUGUCAUCGUUUAUGCCCAGGCCAAUCCUACUGGACAUGGUGAUAGGAUAGGUUUGGCCCUGAUCAAUGGCAGAGUUGAAUUUUUCUAUGAUUUAGGAGGUGGGCCAGUACGUCUGAUGUCACCAGGGCAUAUUCGGUUAGGAAAACCGUAUCUGAUCCAAGCCAGAAGAUACAGAAAAGAUGGUUGGUUGCGUGUACAACCUCUGGACGCUGAUGAAAACGACCAGGAGGAAAAUAAUGAACCAGUAACAGCAACAUCUCCUGGUUCUUUGACUUCUUUGGAUUUGGAUAAAUCUGAAUUUUAUAUUGGACGUGUCGCCAGUAAUUAUUCGAGGGUCUAUAGAAAUAUAGGUACAACCCAAGCCUUCCAUGGUUGCCUAUCUCUUCUCCAAAUCAACGGCAUAACAGUCAAAUGGCCCCAGGAAAACAAAAACACAAACGACCACAAUUCAGAAAACAACAUAAACACCAAAGAGCGCCAUUUUGAGGUCAUCCAGACUCCAAAUGAUGAAGAAACCAAAAACAAACCCAAAAAAUCUGAUGACGGUGAAGAAGUUGAAGAAGAAAUUAUUAUCACAAGUUCUGAAAACAUCGUGGCUUGUUCUAGGGCCCAUUGUGCCACUCAACCUUGUGCACAUGGUGCAGUUUGUGUCGAAAUUCCAGACACCUACAGGUGUGUCUGUCCACCAAAUUAUACAGGACCACGUUGCGAGUACGAAACAGAUUCGUGUCUGUUGCGGCCCUGCAUGCAUGGGGCACCUUGUGAAAAGUUGGUAAUUGAAAAUGAUGUUCCUGGUCAGGAUAUAGGAUAUUUUGGACCUAAAGAAAACAGUGUAAAUGUAAAAUAUAAGUGUAAAUGUCCUGCAGGACUGCACGGGGACCGAUGUCAACAUGUGGAAUCAUCAAUAACCUCCGACCUCUGGAUUCCUGCAUUUUCUGGACGAGAAUCCUACCUGUGCCUGGCAACUUUACAAACAACCGACAUACCAAAUCCUGAUAAAAACUCAUCUCUCCAUUUGCCUAAAACAAAUACUCCUGGACGUUCUGCAACUAAAGAAACAGAUGUGCGAAUCGAAUUGUGGAUAACAUUUGCUGAUGACAUAACAAGCAGGCGUCAGGCCAAUACGAUUUUGUACUGGACAGGACACAGUUUGCCUGGUAAGGCUAGAAGUGGAGAUUAUUUGGUGCUGGUGCAGGAAGUCGGUGGACGUUUGAGGAUGAGAUACAAUUUGGGAAGCGGACCAGCAGAUAUCAGGUCGCAAAGUGCUUUAUCAUCAGGAGUAUGGCACCGGAUAAACUUAAAUCUACGUGGUAAAAGAGGUUCUUUGUCCAUAGACGACGGGCCCCCUUAUGUAGGAGUAUCCCCAGGUGCACAUGCUCACCUCACUUUAAACCCUAUGAAAGACAAAAUAUACGUAGGAGCACCACCGUAA